AUGUAAUAUAUCGGGAUGGCACACCAACUUCAAUUAGAGAAGGAAAGGUACAGACAAUGGGUGAAGGCCGGACUUGGUCUAGGAUACUUAAAAGAAGGAAUUGAGCCUUUCUGUGAUGACGUCACCAAACAACAGCAUAAAGACGAAUUAAAUAAUAUUCAACAGUCAAAGAAUCUACCGACUGUGACAUGUGGUCAGUGUGCUGUGAGAACUCUCAAACCGGACCAUUUGAAAAUAGGAAAUAAGCAAUGUCCUUUAGGUCAAGCUAACUGUAACUGCUGCUAUACGAGUGGUAAAAUUGCUUGUCCAAACAACGUAUGUGGUGCUAUCUACGACAACAUUAUAACUAAUCAUGCGUCCACACCACCAGCACCUUAUUGGAAAAACACGCAAACUCAGCAGUGGACUGGAGAUUCGUGGAGUAUAGCUAAAUGUUUCAUCAACGCCCCUGGAUAUGACCAGAAGACAUCAGCAGCCGACAUUGACUGCACGGGAUUACUGCAUGUGAUUAUAAACAACAAAUACUUUCAUAAUCACAUUCAGUGUAAUUUAGCCGGAUCUAAUGUAUUUUCAAAGGUGACACAGUACAGAAACGAGAUAUUCCACUCGAGCACCAUGGAACUAGAAAAGACAGAUGCAAGUAAUUACAUAGAUGAUAUGAUAGCUGUGCUGAAAGAUGGUAAGGAACUGAUUGACAGAAAAGAUGCUCAGGACGCUGUUAAGAAACUUGAAGAGCUGAAGAAUGACGAUUUCAUCAUAACCACUGAAAAUAUGGAGAAAGUUCUUGGAGAUAUCAGAGAAGAAAUUUGGAACAUAAGAAAAUCAACAGAAGGGUUAGCGACUAAGGACGAUUGUGAUGAUCUCAAAAUAAAAUAUCUGCACUGGAAUUUCUCAUGUCUAAACAAACGGAGGUAA